CCCAAACUUUCAUUUCCUCUCUUCUUCUAUCUCUGUGCCAUGAAUGCCUAUGCUCAAGACUCGCCACAAGACUAUGUAAAUGCUCACAACAAAGCAAGAUCAGAAGUGGGUGUUCCAGACAUAGUUUGGAAUGAUGCUAUGGCAGAUAUGGCACAGAACUAUGCCGACCAACGCCGUGGCGACUGCGAGCUGGUUCACUCCUUGGGUGCUCCGAGCAUGUACGGGGAGAACCUCGCAUGGAGCUCCGGCGACCAGAUGAUUGGCACCGACGCUGUGAAGUUGUGGGUGGAUGAGAAGGCGAACUAUGACUAUGAUAGCAACUCGUGCGUGAAUGGUACGGUGUGCCGGCACUACACUCAGGUGGUUUGGAAGAGCACGGUUUAUGUUGGGUGUGCUAAAGUGAGGUGUUACAAUGAAUCAGGCAUUUUCAUAGGCUGCAUCUAUGAUCCUCCUGGAAACAGAGUUGGACAAAGACCUUUUAAUAGGAUUGAAGAAAAUGCAUUCUGCUUGUUUCCUAGUUCUGAAGGGAAAGUCAUUAUUAGGUAGACGAUUAAAUAACUGGAAUAAAUAAUAUAUCUCUUAUUUUGUAUUAAGAUAAUCAAGUAGUGUCGCAGGGAGUGGUGAAAUAAGAAGAAAUUUAGAGGCCAUAAUGAAACUUUUUCCCUUUUAAAUUUGUUUCAA